AUGGAAUAUCCUCAUCCAGCAGCAUCUCUCUCAGUGAGUCCUGACAGAGAGCAACACUUCACCACUGAGUCUGUGACACUGAACUGUGGAGGAAACUCUACUGAGUGGAGAGUGAAGGAGUAUGGAGAAAACUAUGAUGGGUUGAGCAGUUUUUGGGAUGAAUAUGAUAAAAUGACCUCGGGUCGCCAGUUGUCAGAUUACUCCAACUCAUGGGAAAUGACUGGAUCCUCAUGUACCAUUAAGAGUUACUGGUACCAUGAAGCAGUGUUCUGGUGUGAAUCUGAAUCAGGAGAGUUCAGCAAUGCAGUUAACAUCAGUAUAAAUGAUGAAGGUCUUCUCCUGGUGAGCCCCGUCCAUCCUGUGACUGAAGGAGCUUCUGUUACUCUGAGCUGCAGACUGAGAGGAGAAACCAAACUUUCUGAUGUGAUUUUCUAUCAUAAUGACAAACUGAUCCAAAAUGACAGCAGAGGAGAGCUGAAGAUCUCUGCAGUGUCUCAGUCAGAUGAAGGUUUCUACAAGUGUGAACAUUCAGGAGAAGUUUCACCUCAGAGCUGGAUGGCAGUUAAAGCUGCAUCCAGACCUGGAAGCUCUUCUUUCCCUUUUCUGUUUGUCACCAUAUCAGUGAUUGGGUUCAUCGUUCUCAUUCUGCUUCUGCUGCUGAUUUAUUUCCAAAAGCCAUAAUGUUGUGUUUCAGAGCAGCCAGUCGGUCAAGAUGAAGAUCUGCAUCAAGUUUACUCCUCUCUUCUACAUGGUCAGUCUUUCACUUUGUCUUGAAUGUGUGAGGAUUUGAGUUUGUGUGUAUUUUUGUGUUUAUUGAGUCUCUGUGUUGUUGCGUCUACCCCUUGAUUGUUCCCAGCUGUCCCUUGCUUCCCCUGAUUCCUUUCCCUGUGUAUUUCUACCCACCUGUGUCUCUUGUUCCCUGUCAGGUCCUCGUUUACCGUCUACUG